GACGAGGGUCUAGAAAUGGGGGCCGGAAAACCGAAUCCAGCGCCUUGUCCAGAGCGGAAAGUAUACGUGGUGGAAUUCAGUUUACCCUACGACGCGUGGAAUCCGCAGCAGUGGACGUCGUGGAAAAAAUUCUACAUGUCGAGCAUUGCAUGUAGCACCACGCUCGUGGCGUCACUCAACAGCGCCAUUUGGGCCGCGGGCGCCGCACCCGCAGCGGCAGACUUUGGCGUCGGGAAGCAAGUCGUGAACCUAGGGACCAGUCUCUUCGUGCUCGGCUUUGCCUCGGGCCCGAUGUUGUGGGCACCGGGAUCCGAAAUCAUGGGACGGCGGUGGCCACUGUUCGUGGGGGCAUUUGGGUCUUGUGUCUUCACGUUUACGUGUGCGGCGGCGAAAGAUGUCCAGACGUUGAUUAUUUGUCGGUUUUUCGCAGGCUUGUUUGGUGCGAGUCCGUUUUGCGUGGUGCCCGGUGUGCUGGCGGAUUUGUAUAACACUACGUACCGCGGCGUGGCGAUAUCGCUGUAUGCGCUGACGAUUUUCGGGGGCCCGUUUGCCGCGCCGUGGAUGGGUGAGUUUGUUGCCAAGAGUCCUCUCGGGUGGCGGUGGACGCUUUACUUGCCUGCUAUCCUGGGCUUGGCGAACUCUUUCUUCCUGCUGGUGUUUUUCAAGGAGACCUGUGCGCCGGUUGCGCUUGUCGGCAAGGCAAUGCUGAUGAGGCGGCAGACUGGAAACUGGGCUAUUCACGCGGAACAGGAAAGGCUCGAGCUCGAUAUCCAUGCCGUGGUGAGCAAAUAUCUUACGCGACCGCUGCGGUUGCUUGUGACGGAGCCCAUUGUGCUCUUGGUGUCCGUGUACAUGUCGUUCAUAUAUGGAUUGGUCUACGCGCUUCUCGGGGCAUAUCCGUACGUCUUUGAGCAUGUCUAUGGCAUGCCGACUGGAGUCCGCGCAUUGCCUUUUCUGGGGUUAUUUUUAGGCGUCGUUUUGGGUUUGAUAUUGAUCCUUUGCCAGCACAAGUCUUACUGUCGUAAGCUCGAGGCAAACAACGGCAGAGCCUUGCCGGAAUGGCGACUUGGCCCUGCCAUCUUAGGAGCCGUCGUAUUCGCUGUUGGCCUAUUUUGGUUUGCUUGGACUGGGUUUACUAAUACAGUCCAUUGGAUGGCGCCGACCGCCGCCGGUGUCUUUAUUGGCUUUGGUGUGCUCUGUAUUUUCUUACCGUGCUUCAACUAUCUUGUUGAUGCGUUCCUGCCCCUAGCGGCAUCCGCGGUAGGAGCCAACAUCAUGCUUCGCUCAGCGAUUGCCGCUGGGUUCCCUUUGUUCUCUACUCAGAUGUUUGAGAAUCUCGGUGUGCAAUGGGCAGGAACGCUUCUCGCGUGUCUCGCUACAGUCAUGAUACCGAUUCCCGUGGUUUUCCGUGCCUAUGGGCCGACGUUGAGAGCCAAGAGCAAGAUACUGAGAGAGUUUUCGGCUGUGUCUUGAGUGAGAAUUUAGUCUCAAGAAAAGGAAUCAACAUCAACCUCGACAAAAAAUCAUGUAUAUAGACAGACGCGUGUAUCAUAAAGCCUGGUUUGCCAAAGGAAAUUCGAUACUAUACCGGCCAUGAAUGAUAUCCGCGGAAGGAUUCAUGUCUCGCCUGAUGAUUGCAAAUCCAAAAUGCGCCUUGGCGUAU